AUGUUCAGCGGGUAUCUCCAGGCAGCACUGUACACAGGGAUGAACGUAGGACGAGAGCGUUUGGGUGACGAAAAAGGUUCACUUUUCCACUUCCUCAUGCGAUCAGAGCCGGUAUAUAGGCAACAGGCUGAUGAAAUACAGGCAUGGGGCCAGGAAGGUACCCAAAAGAACGCCGAGUUGCGGCAGAUGCUCGUGGCGACUGGCAAUAUCUUCACCUAUAACUUCAUGGCGUGGGUCCCGCUCCUGACGUUUCCUACGUAUGAUGCGCCGCACUUUAAUUACGGAUACCAGCUGCUGAUCAUGUUCAAGGCCUUAACUAUUGUGGGUGUUUAUCUUUAUGGGUGGUUGGAUAAGUCGGAUAGGUGGGUUACUUGGCUGGGUAAUAUCAGAGCGAGUGGCUAA